AUGAGCCACACCGCCAACCCCGACUCCUUCGACAAUGGUAAGAACCAGGACUUCAUCCAUCCCAGUGUCCAGCGUUCUGCUCCCAUGAGAAAAGACGGCCACCAAUUAGGCACAAAAGUCAGCCCUGCAGACUUCAAGCCCGAGUUCCGUGCCGAGACUCAUCCUCCUGGCACUGCUCCCGCCAGCAAUUCAUACACCCCAAACACCACCGGAGAGUCCGGCGGCCAGGCCUUGAACCCCUUGGUCGAGCGCAGCCAUGGAAAGGAGGCCGUCAAGACCACUGCCGAGUCGACGUUGAGGGGAGCCACCUCCAAGGACGUCCACAAGGGUCUGGGCCACCCCGGCUCUGGCCAGACCAAGACCGAAAUCAGGCACGAUGGCCAGCACCACCGGAAGCACGAGGGUGCCGGCCUCGAGGGUGUUGGCAGCUACCGUGAAGACAAGUUUGAGCGCACACUGGCUGACCAGCGCGGUAUUGAGCGCGAAGAGGCCAGGCCCAACGAGCACGGCGACAAGGGCGUUGCGGCUGCCGAAGAUAUCCCUCCCCAGUCGGCAGAGACGGCGGCUCACGAAUGGAAGUAUGAGCCUGGCACCAAGAGGGAUAACGCUGCCAGGCACUAG